GUUGCCUCCGGUCACCCCUACCGAGAAGGCGUCGUCCUUGGACCUCCGUAUCCCCAAGGAGGAUGAAAAGCACAUCGAGGCGUGCGAGAUCAUCAUCACCCCGCCCACCCCUACUGCCGAAGAUGAGGACUACGAGUUCCGUAUCUGGGGUGCGACUACGAAGCUCAUGGAGCUCAAACUUGCAGACAUGCUUGCUGAUCGCCAGGCGCGUUUGGUGGAUGCUAACACCGAGCUCCACGUCCUAGCCUCCGCGCCAGCGCCAGCGCCGUCGCCCAAGGAUGAGGACAACUCGAGUGAUAGCAGCGAGGAGAGUGAUGAUGACUCCAUUGGGAACGAGUCAGUCGAGACGGAGAUUACCGUCCCGGAUACGGAUGAGAGCGUGCCUCCCCCACCCCUCAUGCCCAUCUACAACAACCCGGACUACUCUCCGCUCAAGUACCACCAGCUCUGGGUCGCGCAACAAAAAGAGAAGAGAGAAAAGAGACGUGUGGAGCGCUUGAGGGAGCAAAGGUUGGAAACGAAGAAGGCUGAGAUGAGGAUGAGUGAUGUUACGACGGAUGGGGAUGAUGAUUAUGAGAUCCGGUAUUUGUGGGCGUUGAUUGAGGCCAACACUAGGCCGGCGCCUGAGGAGGAAGAGGAGGAGCUCGAGGAGGCGGAGGAGGAGUAUAAGCAGUCCGCGUACCUGUUGACUGGAUAUGACGAGGCAUACCAGAACAGGUAUGAGGAGGAUAUGGCCAUGAACAACUCCGAGUACGGUAUCGUCGAUGAUUGGAACCCUGCCAUGGAGGACAGGUUCCGUGAUGCUCUUCGGUACCGGGAGUUUACCGAUGAGAGCAAGAUCUCCGUGUCUGCUUUGGAGGAAAGCAGCAAGAUCGGACAAGCUCCGUGUCCUCCGUACAUUGCAGGGUGGAGGGCGGUCACUCCCCUCCCCGCUCUGCAGGACCAUUACGAGGACUCUGCCAUCUGGCACCGCACGGAGAAGAUCUUCGAGGCCGAUGGGUUGGACUGCGAUUCCCUCUGGUACGGGUACCACGCAGAGACCAAGAGGCUAAAGGAGCAGUCCGAGAAGGAGAUGCACGACGUCAGAAAGGGGAGGCGUGCUGCUAAUCUGAGAAGGACUGGUGGGGAGGAGAACCCGGUGUUGGCGAAGAUGGAUGAGGGGGAGCAGAUGAGCGUGAAGGCUCUUGCUUCGAUGUGGGCGAAGUUUUGAGGAGGGCGAACAGAUGAGCGCGAUCCAGUGGAUUCGUGUGUAGGGGCACGCCUUUGAGAUCAUCAUCUGCGGUUAUAUGAGGAAUGGUUAGAAUGAGAAUUGGUUGGGGCGCCGCGGCUUGGACAUUGGCGUUUUCGGGUUACUUGCUUCGGCUACAGGCCGUUGCACACAUAGUAUUAGUCAUUAAUGGGGCUCUGACUCAGCACAGUCCUUACUCAUCAUUCCUAAGCACUUCACUCCCAUCGACCAGCUGAUCCCUCCGCGCUCCUCU